CGUUUCUACAAGCAGUUCCCUUCGUUGGGUGCCAUGAACAUUAGCAAUGAAGAGUCGGAAUCGCUGUCGCGAAUGUUCACGGAUCUGUACAUGGCCAACGAAGAAAUGUACCCUGAACUAAGCGAAGAUGAGAUCUACGACAAGACAAUGAUCGCAUUCAGUGAAAAACUCAAGCAGCAGCAGCAACAAAAACAACAGCCCUCUAUUGCUCAAUGA